ACUUCUCCUCUCACUUCACUCCACCAGGCAAAGACAGGCACGAGCCCUUUCCUUCCUCCCUCCCUUUAUUCUCAUUCUCAUUCCCUUCCCAAAAAAAAAAAAGGGAAAAAGAAAAAAAAAAAAAAAAAAAAAUUAUAUCAGAGCCAGUUGAGCCAGUGACUCACAGCCUCAGAGACAGAGACAGAGAGGACAGAGAGAGAAGAUAGAGAUGGUGGGGAUAAUACCCAUGGCGUCCUCAAUCAGACCCUCGCUAUCUACGUUGAGGUUCGCUGGGGCUUCUCGCUUGGGCCUUUCUCUCGCUUCCUUCACUCCUCGGAGACUCGCUUGCUUUCACCUCGCUAGUGCUGUGCCACAGUCACAGUCUUUCGGUCUGAAAGCUUCUAAACUGUUGAGAGGAGAUGGUAAAACCAUAGGGGUGGCUGCAGGUGGGAAUGCUGCGCAAGCAAGCACAACGGCUACCCCGGAAAAUGUCCUAGAGUGGGUCAAACAGGACAAGCGGAGGCUGCUUCAUGUUGUUUACCGCGUUGGGGAUUUGGACAGAACCAUAAAAUUCUACACAGAGUGCCUGGGAAUGAAAUUGUUGCGGAAACGUGACAUACCAGAGGAAAGAUACACCAAUGCUUUUCUCGGAUACGGGCCAGAGGAUUCCCACUUUGUUAUUGAACUCACUUACAAUUAUGGAGUUGACAAGUAUGAUAUUGGAACUGCAUUUGGUCAUUUUGGUAUUGCUGUUGACGAUGUUGCCAAGACUGUGGAACUCGUAAAAGCUAAGGGUGGCAAGGUAACAAGAGAACCUGGUCCAGUCAAAGGUGGCAAUACGGUAAUCGCGUUUGUUGAAGAUCCUGAUGGUUAUAAGUUUGAACUUUUGGAAAGAGGGCCUACCCCUGAGCCCUUAUGUCAAGUUAUGCUUCGUGUGGGUGAUCUUGAUCGUUCCAUAACUUUUUACGAGAAGGCUUUUGGCAUGGAGCUUCUUCGCAAAAGAGAUAAUCCUGAGUACAAGUAUACUAUAGCAAUGCUGGGUUAUGGCCCUGAAGACAAAAAUGCUGUUCUGGAGUUGACAUACAAUUAUGGGGUCACCGAAUACGACAAAGGAAAUGCUUAUGCUCAGAUAGCUGUAGGCACAGAUGACGUCUAUAAAACUGCUGAAGCAAUUAAACUCUGCGGGGGCAAGAUUACCCGGGAACCUGGGCCCUUACCUGGUAUCAACACAAAGAUCACUGCUUGCUUGGACCCUGACGGUUGGAAGUCGGUUUUUGUGGACAAUGUUGAUUUCCUCAAGGAAUUGGAGUGAGUUAUAAGAGGUGCUGACGAUACCCAAGCUUGUGAUAUUGAAAGUGAAAUUUCGGGCCAAGAUGAUUGAUUCUAAGAAGCUGUUCUCUUGAAAGAAUGUAUUACAUCCCAUUUUGUAGAUAAAAUUAUAAUUAGCUUCGAAUAACCAUUGUAACAAGUAUUUAAUAUUUAUCACACGUUUAGCUUUGCAGUCAUUAUCAAAAGAAAAAGGAAAACAAUAGAACGAUGAUUAGCUUUGAAUCUUUGUUCUUAAUUAGUUUGACUUUAUAUAUUUAAUUAUUGUUUGGGUCA